CGAGUUUGAACAUCAAGUUUUCAUGGCGGCAGCUAGAAACCUCCACCUCAUGAGACGGAUUCUGUCUUCUCUUACACAUAAUGACCAACUCUUCACCUCUUCUUUAAAUAAAGAACAAGGACGGCAACUUCUUCCUUCUACAAGUUCCAUCUUCACUAGGAGUGAUUUUUUCCGAAGAAGAUUUCAGACAGAAACCAAUCCAGCCAGCCGACCAAAUGAGGACCCUGAAAAUCAUGAAACUGGUUGUUUGAAGCCCAUUUCCGAGACAGAAAAUUCUCAAUCCGAAACAAACAGCAAAGAAAAUUCUGGUGUAGUGUAUUCAACUACAUCCAACUUAAAAACGUCACCAAGGCAUGACCUUGCAAUGUUAUUUACAUGUAAUGUCUGCGAGACAAGGUCUGUCAAGACAAUUAGCCGCGAGUCAUAUGAGAAAGGUGUGGUGGUGGCCCGCUGUGGUGGCUGUAAUAACCUACACCUAAUUGCAGAUCGACUUGGAUGGUUUGGAGAGCCAGGAAGCAUUGAGGACUUCCUCGCUGCUCGUGGGGAGGAAGUAAAAAAAGGUUCUGCAGAUACACUUAAUUUAACGGCGGAAGAUUUAGCGGGAAGCAAGAUCUUGAAAGAGCAUUCAACUUCUAAUGGUUAAUUCAAACUGACAUUCGUUGAGCUAUAUAGAAAUUCGAAGGUUUAUCUAUUUAGCAAUUUAUUUUGUAAAUUUGUAAUGCAAAUAGAGCUGCCAGCUUUAUUGCUCUCAUUAAAAAUCACUAUUUUCUCCAGAUUAACUUUAGUUGAUCAUAAUUAACCUUAAUGAAUCCUUAUUGCUCG